CCGGAGGGUGACGUCACGGGCUCCGGUCCCGGCGGCAGAAAUAGGGCAGCCGCGGCAGCGGUGGCACAGAGGCGGACGACGGAGGCUCAGAGAGCUGGAGCUUGGACCGUCUCUAGCACGCCGGGGGACGAGCCGACAGCCGGAGACGACCCAGCCGAGGACGCGGGGUCCGGGUCGCCGGCUCUGUCGCCGCCACGGGGCGCUCCCUCCCUUCCACCCGAGUCCGGCCACCUGGUCUUUCCCUCGGCCCCGGCCGCCGUAGAUUGGACAAAAUGAAACCAGGAGGCUUCUGGCCACAUCUUGCCCUACUGGGGGUCUCCUUGCCGGCCGUGCUGGGAUGGAUGGACCAAGGAGCCAGCGGAAGCCCAAAUGUGGUUCUAGGAGAGUCACAGGCAGAGGAAACCAGAGGCUUUGAAGUCACAAGAAGAGAAGGUCUUCCCAGCCCUGGGCUGUCAGCCUCCUGCGGGAAGAAACUCUGCAGCCACGGGAGCAGGUGCCUGUUCAAUAGGACGACAGGGCAGCCCUUGUGCCACUGUCUGGAGGUGUGCAGGCCCCGCUACAUGCCUGUGUGCGGCUCUGAUGGGAGGCUCUACGGGAACCACUGCGAGCUUCGCCGUGCAGCCUGCCUGCUGGGCAAGAGAAUUGUCAGUGUACACAGCAAGGACUGCUUCCUCAAAGGAGAUGUGUGCACUAUGGCUGGCUAUGCCCGUCUCAAAAAUGUCCUUCUGGCACUCCAGAGCCGCAGACAGCCAUUCCCACAAGGAACCCCCAGGCAAAGCCUUGCCUCCCAGAAGCGCCUCUUGGUAGAGUCACUGUUUAAGGACUUGGAUACCGAUGGCAAUGGGUGCCUCGGCAGCUUGGAGCUGGCUCAGUAUGUGCUAAAGGAGCAGGACAUGGAUGGUUCACUGAACGGAUGCUCACCAGGAGACCUCCUGCGAUUUGAUGACUAUAAUAGCGAUGGCUCCUUGACCCUUGGAGAGUUCUACACAGCCUUCCAGGUGAUUCAACUGAGCCUCGCCCCUGAGGACAAAGUCAGUGUGACCACCGUGACUGUGGGCCUAAGCACAGUGCUAACCUGCGCUAUUCGUGGAGACCUGAGGCCACCGAUCAUCUGGAAACGAAACGGGCUCACUCUGAGCUUCCUGGGCCUGGAAGACAUCAAUGACUUUGGCGAGGAUGAUUCCCUGUACAUCACCAAGGUGACCACAAUCCACAUGGGCAACUACACCUGCCAUGCCUUGGGCCAUGAGCAGCUGUUCCAGACCCACGUCCUGCAGGUGAAUGUGCCACCAGUCAUCCGUGUCUAUCCAGAGACCCAGGCACAGGAACCUGGAGUGGCAGCCAGCCUUCGAUGCCACGCUGAGGGCAUCCCCCUGCCCAGAAUCAUUUGGCUGAAAAACGGCAUGGAUGUCUCAACCCAGAUGUCCAAACAGCUCUCCCUCUUAGCCAAUGGAAGCGAACUCCACAUCGGCAGUGUUCGUUAUGAAGACACGGGGGCGUACACCUGCAUUGCCAAGAAUGAAGUGGGUGUGGAUGAAGAUAUCUCCUCCCUCUUCAUCGAGGACUCGGCUAGGAAGACACUGGCAAACAUCUUGUGGCGGGAAGAAGGCCUCAGCGUGGGAAACAUGUUCUAUGUCUUCUCCGACGAUGGCAUCGUGGUCAUCCACCCCGUGGACUGUGAGGUCCAGAGACGCUUGAAACCUACAGAGAAGAUCUUCAUGAGUUAUGAAGAAAUCUGUCCUCGUGUGGAAGGAGAUGCUACCCAGCCAUGCCAAUGGGCCUCUGCAGUCAAUGUCAGGAACCGGUACAUCUACGUGGCCCAGCCACCACUGAACAGAGUCCUUGUGGUCGACGUUCAAGCCCAGAAGGUCUUACAGUCCAUAGGUGUGGACCCUCUGCCAGCUAAGCUGUCCUAUGACAAGUCACAUGACCAAGUGUGGGUCCUGAGCUGGGGAGAUAGGCACAAGUCGCAACCAAGCCUACAGGUGAUCACAGAAGCCAGCUCCGGCCAAGGCCAGCACCUCAUCCGAACACCGUUUGCAGGAGUGGACAAUUUCUUUAUACCUCCAACAAAUCUCAUCAUCAACCAUAUCAGGUUUGGCUUCAUCUUCAACAAGACUGACCCUGCUGUCCACAAAGUCGACCUAGAGACUCUGAUGACGCUCAAGACAAUCAGCCUGCGGCACUAUGGCUGCAUGCCUCAGGCCAUGGCACACACCCACCUCGGCGGCUACUUCUUCGUGCAGUGUCAACAGGACACCCCUACCUCCACUGGCCCACAGCUGCUCAUCGACAGUGUCACAGACUCGGUGCUAGGCCCCAACAGUGAUAUCACAGGCACCCCCCAUGUGUCCCCUGAUGGACGCUUCAUCGUCAGUGUCUCCAACAAGAGCCCCUGGCUGCACGUGCAGGAGGUCACAGUGCGGGGGGAAAUCCAGACUCUAUAUGACCUAAAAAUAAACCCAGGCAUCUCCGAUUUGGCAUUCCAGCAUUCGUUCACCGAAGGCAAUCAGUACAACGCCUAUGCCACUCUAGACAAGGAGCCUGACCUGCUGUUCCUGGAGCUGUCCACCGGGAAGAUGGGCAGGCUGAAGAACUUAAGGGAGCCACCCAGAGGGCCAGCCCCACCCUGGGGUGGACCCCGCAGAGUCCUGAGAGACAGCGGGCUCUUUGGACAAUACCUCCUCACACCAGCUCAAGAGUCACUGUUCCUGGUCAAUGGGAGACAAAACGCCCUGAGGUGCGAGGUCUCAGGCAUAAAGGGUGCGGCCGCAGUGGUGUGGGUUGGGGAGGUCUGAAAGAGUACGGUAAAGAACCACCCUUGUGCUGACACCGCAGCCCCAACCAGGCGUGCUGUACAUUUUCACAAACAAAAACAAACAAAAAAAAAAACAAAAAAAAAAAACAAAAACAAAAACAAAAAACAAACAAAAAAAAAACCCAAGCCAAACCCUGUACUUCGCUUUGUGGUUCAACACUGAUCUCCUUGCAAGUUCCCUAGUAUAAGGUAUGCGCUGCAACCAAGAUUGGGGGGUUUUCAUCCAGAAGUAUGAUUUAAUACCUUGAGCUAUGACGAGAACACAUGCUGCUGUGUGCAGGAAAAUCAUCUCUGUGCCCAGCUGCGCACCAUGUUGCCUGGGGACACCACAGAACGGAGGGAUCCUGCUGCCCAAGCUGACACUUCUGUCAGUUGCCUUCACGUAGUCAUUAUCUUAACCUGCCAGCCCCAGCCAGUCUGUGCCCUGAAGAGCAGGCUGUGCCUCUCAGCGAGCUAAUAUACCCUGCUAGGGACUUCACUCGCGCCAUUGCAGAUGCUGUCUGCUUGUUUUCCCAGCUGAAUGCUCUAUCCAUGAGGGAGAGCCUCUGAGGCUUACUACACCUUGGGGGACGGGGAAAUCACUCUUUAUUUUGGAAUUUUUUGAUUAAAACUAAUUUUUUUUUAAUAAUCUCAGAUGCUAGGAGGCAGAUAGAUGCUCUCCACGGUCCUGAUAUAUUCUUCCCUUCCUUAGGCCAAAUCUCUGAGGGGAAAGGGUUCCAAUCUUUACAUCCCACGUGCAGAAAACAAAAUGAUAUCCAAGAAAUAGUGGCUCUCCGUGCCAUUGUGUUGUUGGGCAUGUACAGCCCAUACUACCAUGGUAAAGUCUAUGCUGGGACCCCAAGAGACCAAGCUGAGUCUGUGUACCUGCUUUCCACCAUAGCAAGGCAUUGAGGAAGCGUAACACACCAGCUGAAAGUCCAGACCCAAGGCAGACCAGGCUUGCUGGAUAGGCAGCCUCUGGCCUCAGUGCCAAAAUCUAGAAGCCACGAGUGCCAACCAUCUAGAGUCCUAAGGCUGUGUUUCUUCUGCACAAGCAGUUGACACUGAUGCCUCAGCCACUGUCAACACACUGCAAGAGAGCCUUUUCCCCUAACUGCUCUCAUUCCCACACUCUAAGCUACACACUCGCCAACAUGCAGAGCCUACAAAGGACUGCGUCAGUCCCUCCUCUUCCUGCCUUCAGUAGGCUCUCAAGCCAUCAGGAAGAGGCACAGCCCAGCCAGCUCUACGGGGACCGCCUGUGUCUGAGCCUCUCAGCAAGAAGGAGAACCCCUGCCCAGGUCUCUCAUAACACUCCUGUCCUCUCCCAUGUCCGUGGUCAAAAUGUGCCUGCUUUCUAGCUUGAAUUCUACAAACCCUGCAGCGUUAAGACAGUGGGUCUCCCCCCCCACCCACCCUUCAGCUACCUUAGCCACUUCGUCGACCAACAAUGGCCGUGACUUUGACAACACAGACUGUACUUUGUUCCUGCUUCCUGCGUGAGUACUCAACCUCCCAAUUGCCUGUUCUAGUUUCCUGCCACUGGUCCAGCCUGCCCCACAUCUCCUGUCUCUCAGUCCACUAAACAACUGUCCCCAGUAGUUGUCUGUAUAUGUGCUCUUGUGUUUCAGAUUUAGGUAAUAACAAGACACAUAGAGGUGGAAGAUGCUGACCUCAGAGGCCUAAUGGUCAUCUUCACACCUGGGGUGGAUGGUGACAUAUCUUAUCUGCCUCAGUAUCUUGGUAUGACCACCCCCCCCCCAGAGUCCUAUGUUUUCACUAAAACCUUCCAAUGCUCAUAAUUUUCUCCUUUAGAAAGAAUAGUGCCUGCCUCAGGCAGAAGAAUCCUUGAACCUCAAAGAGGCAGGGCAUCAUCUCUCCCCAUGCCACCAAGGCCAUAGCAUCAUCUCUCCCCAUCCCACCAAGGCCAAAAUAUCAUCUCUCCCCAUCCCACCAAGGCCAGAGUACCUACCUUCUUUGGAUGCAGGAUUCCAGAAUCAAAGGCCAAUCUGUUCCACCAAACUGGAUGAAAGCAGGGGUGCUACUUGGCCAUUGUCCUUCCCCUCUGCAUAUUCCUGGAAGACACCCACACAUUUUUCUGUUCUUCUGGUAGAACUUACCGAAGACAGCCACCAUAUGUCCAGUGACCUGCAUAUAGACUUAGUUAAAGCGAGAAAUCACAAGCUUGAAGCCUACAGAGUGGAGUGGCUUCCUGUAGAGGAAGGCAGAGGACUACAGAGAACCCUUUCCUAGCUUUCCCCUCUCUUCACUGUGGGGCCAGAAGAGACUCAUGAAUAGAGUUUAAAUCCCAAUGGUGGAAGAUAGUGACUCAAGUGAGUCUCCUGUCACAAGCCCAGCCCGACGGGUUGUCCUGAGGAACACAAAGAUCGACAGCUAACAGUUUACCCAGGGAGGAUUGGUUUAACCAGCAAAAUCACCAGGAAAGCUGUUUCUAUAAACCCCAUCUGUAAUUCUUAACAGUCAACUGAUGACAUGAACACCCAGCCAUUCUUCUCUUUCCAGAAAACAAAUACUGCAACUGUAGCUACUGGUUCUCCUUCUGCCCCAAAGUCCUCAUUCUUAACAUUUUACCCAGCCACUCAUGAGUAACAUGGAAGAGAGACUUCCUGCUUCUGACUGAGUCUGUGACCCUUCUGUCUAAGCAGACCAGAGGGUGGGCAACCCCCAAUAUGCUAAGGGGAUCUCUUCAGUCCCCAAACCACACAAAUAUUCUGCUGCCUUCCUGGAUCCCAAGAGGAGGCUGGAAAAGGCCUGAAGUCAUGGCUGGGAUCAAAUACUAAUGCCAACAUUCAGAUUCUUUGAUGUAGAGAGAGAGCAUCACCAGAGAAGCUCAGUCCCUCUGCUGCAGACCCGCCACACACUGAGCUAUCUCUCCCUCCACCUGCUUCUCUGUUCAGGAAAGGGCUCCCAACUGAAGGGACACACCCCAGGAAUGCAACUCCAACCCCAAACAAUGCCAAGAGCAGCAGCUUGCUGCCACACAGCAUGGGAACUUCUGAAUCUUCAUUCAGCUAAGCGGCCAGGAGUUGGCUUUGUACAGCCACAUCUUCUCAUUUGUCUGUUGACCAAUAACCUGUGAACUAAGGGAGAUCUCAGAACUGAGAUGUGAAACAGAUUCGCUCUGGAUAUAUUUUUGUACCACGGGCUAAAGUGUAGUUGCUUCAGUUCUUUUUCAUGUGUUUCAUCUGAGUACCACUGAUGUUGAACCAUCUCUGACCCUCCCUCCCAGAAGUAAGCCUCCUGGAGAACUGUCUCCACUCCCCCUCCCCCCCUGCACACCCACCAAUCUACCUCACAUCUUCCUCCCAGGCACCCAGCACUCCCAGAAUGCCACCCCAGGAGGCCAAAGGUGACCGGAAGACUACUGUAGCACAGACUCAGAAGUCCUCCACUAGCCGCACCCCGAGUCCCACUCCACGUGUGAUCAGAACCCAUCGGGCCAGCACCUUGUCCAGAAUCACAGCCCAGACCCUAGCUCUCAUUUUUACAGAGUUAGAAGCUGAAGACUAGGAAAACCACCUUCAGGGUGGUCAAAGAGACAGACCUUUGUCCAGCAGUGACAGAGCUGAUGACAUUUCACUCCAACCCUGUCUCGUGCUAGGCAGCCCACGCACUCUGACCUCUGUCUGCUCCCACUUCACUCACUCUCUUCCUGGUUCCCUCUCUGGAUCCCAAGUCCCCUUCUCAUGAGUUCCCCUAGGAUGGCCUUCAUCCUUCAAGGAGCAACAACCCUCUAACACACCAGCUUCACUCAUCCUUUGCCCAUAAUGCACCUUGCUUUGAGGGUUCCAAUGAAAAGUAACUCACAGACCAGAUACUACCAUUUGCAACCAGGCCACCACUGAGGCAAACUGGUUUUCUUCAAGACCAUCACUAACUGCCUUCACUGGAUUUUUUUUUCUUCACAACCACAGAGAUGCUCAGUGAGAUACUUAAAGGAUCCAACAGGAGCAAGGCACACGGGGUGUGACCACAAGAUGCCACAUGGCUGGUGGAAGGCAACAUACUUCCUGCGCACUGCUCCAGUUUGAGGAUCUGUGUGUCUUGGCUGAGCCUGUGGACUUGGGCAUCAGCUCCCCAACAGACACCUAAAGAUUAUACGUGAGCAUCAUCUUAGGCCUCCACGUUCUCCUUUGGCUCUUUGGGUAUCUGAUUACACUUUGAGGAAGUAUAAUUGAACCAACAUAAUGAGAGAAAUUAUGGGACAUAUAGGGAGAGAAGAAGUGGACUUCUGGAAUCCAUAGUGAGGCUUUUUAGCAGGCACCAGUGCAUUUAGGAUAUCUUUGCUUUUUUUAUACAAAGUCACACUCAUGCACCUUUCUUUCCAAGCUCAAGAAUGACCAGUGACAGUCCAUUUCCCACGGCUCACUCCCACCACUCAAGGAGCAUCUGCCUGCUGCUGUCCCAGCAUCAUGGGACCCCUGCUCAUGAUGCCUUACUGCUUUAGGGUUCCACCAAAAAGUCAUUCAUGGCCCAGGGAACGUGGCCCUACCCUAGAUAACUCUAGAGAACCCGCCCUACAACCCACAAAGCCUUGGGUAUGGACUGACCCCCUACACCAAGCCUUGGUGGCAUGUUGCUCUCCAAAGUUCACCUUCUAAGAAAGGGAAACCAGCCUUGACAGGUGGAGAGACCCAAGGCUCUCUAAACUCUAAAUCCUUAUCCACUGUCUAGCACGCCAUCUCCAGGGAUGAGAGAGAAACAAGCCUAUAGGAGGCCAGACCCCAGCCCACUGUGCCCCACAAUGGUAGCACCCCGUACUCACACCCUCCCUGCCUGCCUCCUCUGCCUUCCCACGUUCCCCAGUGAUGCUGCCCUGCUUCCUGAAGGCUGUGUUAAAAAAAAAAAAAUGACCCAAAGUGAAACUGGGCAUGAAGUUUUGCUGGAGUGGUCGCACACUGUUUCAUGCUAUUGUGCUGCCAAAUGACACUCAAGUUGUGGAUCCCCACACACCAUCAAGAGAGUCAUCCUCUCCCCCACCUCAGAAAAAAAAAAAGCAAAAAACCUUUGGAUCUCUUACAUUGAGGCAGGUUACAUUCUUUUGAGCAGUUGUGUAGACUCCAAAAUAUAUUUUCUGUAAUCGGUAUUUCUCAAAAAGCCACCUGUAAUUAUUAAUACACAUGUGAAUUUUUCCUUAUUUAUAAGAUAUAUAUAAAUUAUUUUUAAUACAUCAACUUUAGUAGAAAUUUGUACCAACCCAGUAACCGUAUGUGGCAUUUGAAAUAAGUUUGUGUUUAUUUUGGUGUAUGACAUUGUAUUGAACAACACGGUGUAUUUACUGUACCACUUGACAAAAGAAAAAAAAAAAGACUCACAGAUUAUCAUAAGGGAUGGUCAUUGUCAAUGCUCUUUUUCUGAGGAUUUUACAAUAAAACUUGAAAAAAAAAUUAC